AUGCAGCGACGUAAAAGAUCCUGCUCUCUGGAUGGGCGCACCGCCCGUAGACGCCACCAACAACAUGUACAGCAACAACGCCAGCUGCAGCCACCGACCAAUCAAAAUGAUGACCAUAAUCUGCUCCCGGAGGAAUUUACGCUUGGCGCAAUGAACACUGUCUGUCAGUUCUGUGAAGCUCUGCGCUUCAAAAAGGAACCACUGAACUGUUGCCACAAUGGCAAGAUCAACCUCCCGCCGCUACCUCAAUAUCCACAUCAGUUGGAACCACUGUUCACCACCAACACAGCCAUGACCAGAAAUUUCUUAGACAACAUUCGCCAAUAUAAUAGCUCCGUCGCCUUCGCAUCCUUCGGUGGUAAUGUCGUCCAUCUGCCCGGCCGCGGCCCAUACACUUUCCGCAUUCAUGGCCAUCGUGCAGGCACCCUUCAUCCACCACCUAACACAGCUUCAUCUUAUAGCCAGUUAUACAUCAUUGAGGCAAGAGACGCCGUUGAAACUCGACUCCAGCAUCCAGAAAACCGACACUGCCGCCAGGAUGUCAUGACCUUGCUGACGGAUACCCUCAAUGAAGUCAACCCAAACGCAGCGGCAUACAAGAAGAUGUUUUAA